AUGUCGAGAGCAUCCCGAAACCCUCCCCCAGCCAGUGCCGGUACUGGACGACAAAACGAAUACUUCGUCCCUCGCGAUGGCAUCGACCGUGAAGUCAUCUCCGCCGAUAUCUGCCGUUAUUUGGGCAACGACGCUCUCGUGCGUCCCGGUCACUACGAGAACCCCCAGACAGGCCAGGCCGUGCAAGGCUACUACAUCACUGCCUACAGAAAUCUAACAACUGCUAUGAUUGAGGACCUAAAAGCGGAUUCUGCAAGAUGGGAUAGUGAAAGGCGUGCGCAGACUUCACGCAAUACCUCCGGAGUGCAAUACCGCUACUCGGAGACGCAUCAGUCGCGUCAGCAUCACGGUCCUACCGAGGGCCCCUACUCGACCGACCCUUACGCUCGUGACUCCGGCUUUGAUGGACCCAGGUACCCAGGAACAGGUGCUCCCGGCUACACUGGUGCCGCUGGUUCAUACAGCCAAUCUUAUGGCGGCUCAAGUAGUGGCUUUGCCGGUUAUACACAAGCUCAGCAAUCACCUCCCCCAGCGGAUUCUAGGUUUAGCUCUACUCCUGCAGCUGCCGUCAUGAACGCACCGUACCAGGCUGGCCAGAGCCCUUAUGUGGAUGUCGGAACCAACCAGAGGCCCAGAGGAUACGAUGCCUUUGCUAACCAGGCUGCUGCCGCCGCCGCUGCACAGCAGCAGGCUUAUGCCACUUCUGCACCUUCGCAACCCGGUUACCCGGCCACUGCUGCUUACCAAUAUUCAGGUCAGGCUCCUCCUGCGGGCUACGCAAUGCAGCCCCAGGAUCCCUUCUAUGGUCGUGGUGCGUAUAGUGGAGGACCCGUUGGGCAAGUUCCCAUGAGGAUGACGUACUGA